AUGUCCUCCCCAGACCGCGAAGACGACACGGGGCCCUCUGCCAAGAAGCGCAAGGUCCAACGCGCUUGCGAUUACUGCAGGCGUAAGAAGAGCGAUGGCUAUCAACGAGCUGACAAUCGUUGUUCCAAAUGUACCUCUCGACGCACCGACUGUACUUAUGUGGAGCCUCUAUACGUGCGUCGUUCAGCUCCCGAAUUUGACAUAUUUCUCAUAUUGUUCUAUGUUGACAAGGUCGAAGGCCGUAUGCAACGACUGGAACAGUUGCUAAAAAAGCUCAGUCCAGGCAUCGACAUAACAAAAGAGCUCGAUAGCACACUUUCCGACAACGAAGGUGGCUCUUCCGCAUCUGUUGGCGCUUCAACACGGUCAGAUACCAGCACUCUACGCACAGGAAAGCCGUCGACAUCGACUACGCUCAGCCCGCCCAUAGCUGCAAGCCCAAGUAUCCCCGCUGUCUCUGAUGAUCUCGACCCCAGCGAUGACGAGAGCGAGCUGCAGAAGAAUAUCGUUGACGGUUUCAAUAGGCUAUCGAUUGACCCAGUCACCUAUCGAUACCACGGGAAGUCGAGUGGGUUGGUCUUCGUCCGUGCUGCAAAGCACCUAAAGGAUCAGAUCGAAGCGGACAUGACUACGACGACGAAAGCGCAGUCCACUGAAGAGCCACCUCGAUCCGUCAACAAGCAAUAUGCUCCUAUUCCGGUCAAGGAUGCUCCACCUCCAUUCACUGAAUUUCCGCCAGAAGACCUCCUGGGAGACCUUAUGAAUCUCUACUUCCGAGAGAUGAAUGAUUAUAUGCCUCUUCUCCACGAGCCUACGUUCAAGCAAUGCAUCAAGAACGGACUCCAACACCACCACGGGGCUUUCGGGGGAACCUUGCUUCUUGUUUGUGCCUGUGGCGCUCGCUUUAGUGACGAUUCACGAGUCCUUCUCGAAGGGACUCAUAAUACGGAAUCAGCUGGGUGGAAGUGGUUCGAGACGGUCGAACGGGUAUACAAGUCAUACAUGGCGCCUGCUACCGUAUAUGACCUUCAGGUCCGCGUGUUGCUAGUCCUGUACCUGCAAGGGACCACAGUGCCGCACACUUCCUGGACACACAUUGGCAUUGGCGUGCGUAUGGGCGUCGAUAUUGGCGCACAUAGGAAGAAGAUGUACGGGGCGAUCCCUACAAUCGAGGAAGAAAUGAUCAGACGCGCUUUCUGGAUUUUGGCCGUCCUAGACUGGGGCUCCGCCUACAGUAUGGGUCGCCCAGCAUCUAUCCAUGACGAAGACAUGGACCUUGGGUUACCUCUUGAGUGCGAUGACGAAUAUUGGAUCUCUUCCGGCGGAGAAAGAGCCUUUCAGCAACCGCACGGGAGGCCAUCGAAGAAUUGCUUCUUUACGAGCUACAUAAGGCUGUGUCAGAUCUUGGCGUUCGCGGUGCGCACAGUAUACUCAAUCAACAAGUCUAAAUCAGCAUUGGGUCAUGGAGACCAACAAUGGGAGCAACGUAUAGUGGCCGACCUCGACUCUGCAUUGAACAGAUGGGUGGACACAGUGCCCGGUCAUCUGCGAUGGGAUCCAGACCGGGAGGACACUUUGUUCCUGAAACAGUCUGCCGUUCUCCUCUCGCAUUAUUACCAAUUCCAGAUCGCCGUGCAUAGACCAUUCAUUUCCACGCGUAGGGGAUCACCCUUAUCGUUCCCGUCACUCAUUAUCUGCACGAACGCCGCAAGGUCAGGGGUUCGCGUAGUGAGCCAUCUCUAUCAACGUACGGGGGAUCCGUCAUACAAGAAUCUGUCUUCUUUGUUUAUGUACGCAGUGGUAUUGUUGCUGAGCGUUUGGGGCGAAAAGAAGUCUGGCCGUACGGUCAAUGCCGCCCAGGACGUUGCAUAUGUCAAGAAGUGCUUGGAGAUGAUAAGGGCUUGUCAUAGAAAGUGCGUGACAGCUGCUAGCUUCCCUUCACGUUUGAUUUUUAAUGCCCCAAUCGUUCAGGAUGGCGACGGCCGAUAG